UUGCGCCAGACAAAGCCACCCCGCCAGUCCACUGAAGCUCCUGUCGCCAACUCACCUUCAUCACCGAUAUCGCAUCUCCUCACACACAAUGGCUGCCAAAGUGACCGCCACCAGCCCUCUGUCCGAGGACGAGGCCCGCUGGAUCAGGCUCGUCAAGAUCAACUACAAAGACCAAAACGGCCAGGCCCGGACCUGGGAGUCGGCCGAGCGCCGCACGCGGCCCAAGAACGGCGAGAUCGACGGCGUCGGCAUCGUCGCCAUCCUCGAGAAGCCCACGGGACCCGAAAUCAUCUUGCAGAAGCAGUACCGCCCGCCCAUCGACAAGGUCACAAUCGAGGUCCCCGCUGGGCUGGUCGACGAGGGCGAGACCGCCGAGGAGGCUGCCGUGCGCGAGCUCAAGGAGGAGACGGGGUAUGUCGGCAAGGCAUCCGAGACGACGCCCAUCAUGUUUAACGACCCCGGUUUCUGCAACACCAACCUCCGCAUGAUCCACGUCACAAUCGACGCCUCCCUCCCCGAGAACCAGAAUCCCAAGGCCGAGCUGGAAGAGGGCGAGUUCAUCGAGGUCUUUACCGUGCCCUUGACCAACUUCUGGGCCGAGUGCGUCCGUCUUGAGGCAGAGGGCUAUGCCAUCGACGCCCGUGUAGGAACCAUAGCUGAGGGCAUAGAGCUAGCCAAGAAAUUCAAGCUGUAAUCCCGCAUUCGUGUCCUUAUCGGUUCAUAGCUUGCCCUCACGUCGGAGCCCCUCCCAUAGGGCCAGCGCCGCGAGACACUUGGCAUCCCUUGCGCCCUCGCGCCAGAGAUCCUUCAUGGCAACGAGCUUCAGCGUGAUCUUUUCGCCGUGAUCCCUCAGCCCCGUCAGCUUGCCGCUCCACUCCUUCAGCUGCCCGCGCGGGAUCCUCCGCUCGUGGCUGUACAGCGUGACGAACUCGUCGCAUCCGCCCGCUGACGGGUACAUGGCCUCCGCCAGGCCCUCGUCAGCCUCGUUACCCGCCGACUCGCCUGCGCCGGCGAGCUCGCUGAGGCAUGCGAGCUUCGACUCGUGUAUCUCGAGGCCCAGCUCCUCCUUGAUCUCCUUGGCCGCCGCGCCGGCGAAGCUGCCGCUGUCAUCGACCAUGCCGGCGGGCAGCUCCACGAAGGAGAGGCUGCCGACGGGCACGCGCGGCUGGACGGUCAGGACAACGUAGCGCUCGUCGCUCUCGGGUGGCGCGUCGUCGGGGAUGAGCAUGACGAGCAUUCCAACACUGGGACCACGGAGGAAGACGCUGGCCGGAAGGCCCUCGCCGGCCCCGUUCUUCACAUCGGCUGUGAUUUUUAGAAAGCCCACGCGACCGGAGCCGAAAAUGUCGAAUGCCUGAACCGUGACGGCACGGAGUUGGUAAGGGUCCGGGUGGAACGGGUGAUUCUCGUUCUUGGCUUGUAGGCUCAGGGAUUUGGCGAGGCCCUUGACCCAGUUCUGGUGUCUGAGUCAGUGCUUGAAACGCGACGAUGACCGGGGAUGCCAUCAUACCUGGAACGGUCUAAACGCUAGUAAUUGUUCUUCCGACAGGCCGUUGGGUAGCUUGACUUGCAGGCCGCUGUCUUUCAACGUGAUGGUGGACAUUGUGCGGGUGGCACGAAACGGACGAGCAAACGAGGCGCGGAGAUGGGGAGACUUCUGUCGCGGGCAGCUCAGGAUUGGCGUGGGUUUAAACGUUGCAGCCCUUUGACAUAUAAAGAGCGCGCCUGUCCUCAUUUCUUUUCCUGCAGUAUGUGCCCUGUGGUGAGCCUUGUGGUGAGCCUGGUGUUGAUGCAAGCGAAGGGUUGACGUCAGACGAAUGAGACAGUACGGUGGGGACGGGCGUUUCCAGCUUGAGUGGCCAAUGGAUCACAUCACACCCUGUAAGUUCCAGCAAAAAAAGUGUAGAAAACACCACAAACGAUGGAAUUAAGCCCAUGCCUAGGGAUUUUUACUUUUCAGUACGGAGUUAAUCUUGCAAAGCAUGCUUUUUCUGCCUAAACUCUGUACAACGUGGCGUAUGCAACUUCCCGCGCAAUCACUUUUCCCGUCCCCGCAACCUUACUGCCCACUAGGUUCGGCUCCCUGGUGUUAUAGUUCCUGUUCAUUAUUUCAUUCACCCAAGAAAGUUCUUCAAAUUUCCACCAAUAUUCUUCAGGUCCAACAGGAAUGUGUCGUGGCCAAAGAAGCUCAUCUCCUCACUCAGCUCAUAGUGCGCCACGUUCCUGUUGCCCGCGAGCUUCAGUGCCUCGGCGACUUCUCUCUGCUGCCACGCCGGGAACAGGAUGUCGCUGGCCACCCCGAUGACGAGGGCAGGGGUGUCCCUCAGCGGGGCCAGACCCGCGAUGAGAUCUUCGGGCGGCCUAGAGGACACCUCGAUUGGCUGGUCCGCCGCUUCGGCGUUGGAUUCAGGCUGCUCCACGUAGGGCUUCUCAGGCAGUGUGAGACUGCAGGCUGCAUCGUUGCGCGCGGGAGAGGCUCCAGACUGAAGGAGUUUCUCGCGUUCUGCCCUUCUCGCGCCGGCAGCUACCUGGUUCUCGCGUCCCAGAUCGAACAAGUCCAUAGCCUUGCUGACAUACAGCAGACUGUUGGGAUCGUACGUCAAACAAAACUUCUCGCCUGCGUGGUCCAGAUACGUCUCGAUCAAAAAGUCGGGGCACAGCGCCGGGGGUUUGCUGGGGUCCGCCCUCCGCCUGCCGAAACGCUGCUCCCAUUCGGGACCUGAUCGGUAUGUGACCGUCGCAAUCUCUCGUGCAAGUUUCAUACCGGCGUGGGGCGGCACUCUGCCGUAGUAGAACCCCCGGUUCCAGUUGGGGUCCAUCAUCAGCACCUGGCGUUGCGUGUGGCGCAUCGCGAUGCUGUACGGAUGACUCCUGGCGCAACCGCUGAUGGACACGAUCCUGCCCACGCGGUCGGGGAAGAGAACGCCGGCAGCGAGCGAUUGCAUGCCGCCCAUGCUGGAUCCAACACUGGCAUAGAGUUUGUCCACGCCGAGCCCAUCAAGAAGACGGAACUGUGCCCGCACCAUGUCCUCCAUGGUGAGGAUUGGGAACCUAGUUGCAUACCGCUGGCCGUCCGCGGGGUCGAUGCUGCUCGGUCCCGUCGACCCAUAGCAGCCUCCGAUGACGUUCGUGCAGAUGACGUGAUAUUUAUCCGUAUCCAGGGCCAGCCCCGGUCCGAUGAACUUCUCCCACCAGCCAGGCUUCGGGUUGCUCUCUGUCGAAUGCGCAUGCGACGAUGCCGACAGGCCGGUGUGGAGGAGUAUGACGUUCGACUUGUCGGCAUUCAUCUCUCCCCAAGACUCGUAUGCGACGUCGAACUCGGGCAGGACGCCGCCCCAGUCGAGCAGGAGGGGGUCUUUGCAGUGGUAUGUUUCCGUCGCACCGGCUGUGUAAGAGGGUUCGGGGCCGCUCGACUCGAACCUUGCCUCGAGGGUCGCCGAUCGAUUCUCGAGGGCGUCCAGACAUGGGAACGCCAUCGCGGGGUUCGACGCAUCGCCGGGGCUGUUCGAGGCCUUGCGGGCCGGCUUGGAGGUGAAUCGGCGGGUGCAUUGCCGGCUGCCAAGAGGUGCCGCCGCGGCAUUGUUGGAGCUCCGAAAUACGGAGGGAGCUUGGGUGCGUGAACCCGGCGUGCGGGCCUGGCGCAGGGCCGCUGAGGCCAGUCUCUGACACUUCAUGACGGCACUUUGGUAAUUGGAGCUAUGGAGAUGUCAAAGAUCACAAAAAAGCUCAAGAUUGCCCCUCGGGACGCUUUGCGACAAGAAAUAUCCAG